AAUUCGAUAUGAUAUGGUGGGGGUUUUGUUAUUUAAAGUUUAAAUAAUUAUCAGUGACAAACAGUAAAAAUAUAUUUUUCAUCAUGAAAACAUUUACAUCAAUUUGUCUUUUAGCCUUUUUCGUGGCAUAUUCUUCUGGACAAUUAAUUGGAAGUUCUUCAAGUUCUUCCAGUUCUUCUAGUUCAAGUUCAUCAGGUGGAAAAUCUAAAAGUAUUACUAAAACUCAGACCACGGGAACUGGAGAAGCUGACGCUAAAGCUGGUGCUAAUUCUGGCGGAGAUGUUCCUAUGCCAAGUACUGCAACUGUAAUUGACAAUCGUGCAACAUACCGUCCAAAUUCACAAAAUAGACGUUAUCCAUGGGGAUAUUAUCCACAACCACCAACUUAUGUAAGAUAUCCACAACCAAAUGGUGGUUAUUAUCCACCACCAAAUAGAGGUUAUUAUCCGCUACCAAAUGGAGGAUUUACUGCUUAUAUUCCAGGUUGUGCAUCUCCAGCAAAAUGCUAUCCACAACAACCUUAUCAAGCACCACAAUAUGAUCCAAGAAUUGCUCCUGCAGGAGUUCAGCAAGCCUACUAUGCUUCUCCAUCGGCCACCAUACCUUUCUACAGCUCUCGACUUUCUGAUGAUGGAAGUGCAAGUAUUGGAGUAGGCAUAAGUUCACCAAAUGCUAAAGGUAGUUUUAGUUACAGUUCUUCUUCAAGUGAUGGUCAAUCUAGUGAAAUGAAAACAACAGUAGGAGUUAAUCACUAAAAAGAUUUUAUAAUUAAUGAUGAAUAUAUUUAUAAUAUUUAUAUAAUAUAUUAUUAAUCUACUGUAAUUUAUAAUGUGAGAAAUAAAUCUACGAAUAAAAUGUAAUUUAAUACAAUAAUAGAA